AUGGCUUACGUGAUUGGUUGGGCAGGUGACUUGGUACAGAAGGCUCACCUUACCUUAACCAUAGAACAGAUACACUUCAAGAGCCCCUGGAACAGAUACACUUCAAGAGCCCCUGGAACAGAUACACUUCAAGAGCCCCUAGAACAGAUACACUUCAAGAGCCCCUGGAACAGAUACACUUCAAGAGCCCCUGGAGCAGAUACACUUCAAGAGCCCCUGGAACAGAUACACUCAAGAGCCCCUGAACAGAUACACUUCAAGAAUACACUUCAAGAGCCCCUGAACAGAUACACUUCAAGAGCCCCUGGAACAGAUACACUUCAAGAGCCCCUGAACAGAUACACCUUCAAGAGCCCCUGGAACAGAUACACUUCAAGAGCCCCUGAACAGAUACACUUCAAGAGCCUCGAACAGAUACACUUCAAGAGCCCCUCGAACAGAUACACUUCAAGAGCCCUGAACAGAUACACUUCAAGAGCCCUGAACAGAUACACUUCAAGAGCCCCUGAACAGAUACACUUCAAGAGCCCUGAACAGAUACACUCAAGAGCCCCUGAACAGAUACACUUAAGAGCCUGGGAACAGAUACACUUCAAGAAUACAUCAAGAGCCCCUGGAACAGAUACACUUCAAGAGCCCCUGAACAGAUACAUCUUAAGAGCCCCUGGAACAGAUACACUUCAAGAGCCCCUGGAACAGAUACACUUCAAGAGCCCUGAACAGAUACACUCUCAAAGCCUGAACAGAUACACUUCAAGAGCCCCUAGAACAGAUACACUUCAAGAGCCCCUGAUAACACUUCAAGAGCCCCUGGAGAUACACUUAAGAGCCCCUGAACAGAUACACUUCAAGAGCCCCUGGAACAGAUACACUUCAAGAGCCCCUGAACAGAUACUCAAGAAUACUAAGCCCCUGAUCAGAUACACUUCAAGAGCCCCUGAACAGAUACACUUCAAGAGCCCUCAGAUACACUUCAAGAGCCCCUGGAACAGAUACACUUCAAGAGCCCCUGGAACAGAUACACUUCAAGAGCCCCUGGAACAGAUACACUUCAAGAGCCCCUGGAACAGAUACACUUAA